UUAAGUUUUUUUUUGUGCACUAUAGCUCUAUUACAUUAAGCAGUCUUCUGAUUGGCUAAAGAAAUUGUCUACUGCGUAUUUGUAGUUGAUUUAUCUGAACAAACUUAUAAGCAAUGAAUUUUGGAACAUAGUCUUGAUAGACUUUAUUCUUCAAGUCAAAAGUCAAGAGGAUGAUUUCUUUCAAGUUUUUGCGGUUUGUCAAACUUGGCCAAACUGAUCUCUGUUCGUUGAAUAUAUAUAUAUAAAGGAUUAUUAAGCAUUUUUGUAGUUAUUGCCAUGUUUAUUUUUUAAUUUUUAACUGUAAUUCAUGUGCAUGCAAAUGUAGAAUUUUAAAGUCUACUGUAUUUUUUAUCAACAACUUGAAUUGAUUGUUUAUGUAAAAGACUUGCAUAUAUAUGUAAGUUGCUUAUCUAAAGUCAUAUGAUAUAAUCGUGCAAAAUGACGGACAAUAUCAAGCAAACAAAAAGUGAAAUGGAAGAUCAAGAACUGAACGAUUUGUUGGACAGUGCUUUGCAAGAUUUUAACAAAAUAUCUAUAUCAAAUAUUGAAAAAAACAUUAGUACACUUGAUUCACAAAAACAAACAGAUGAAUGUGAAACAUCUGAAGAUAAAUGGACAGAAGAUUUUCUUAAACAAACAGCCAAUCAAUUUGGAAAGAAUUUACAAAAUUUGUUACAGAAUGGAGAUAAUGAAUUGGAGGCUGCUUUACAACAACUUGAACAAACAUCAGCUAAUAAUAUAACGGAUGAAAAAGACAUCAAUGCAGAUUUUCAAUCAGCUAUUUCACAAGUUUUAAAAGAUUUAACUGCAAAUUCCACAAAUUUACAGGCUGAAUCAGAGGUAGCAGCUAUGUUGGGGCAAACAUCUCUUGAUAGUGACACUAAUGAUAUCUUACCAUUUAUGCAAGGAAUGAUGGAACAUCUUUUAUCAAAAGAAAUCCUUUAUCCAUCAUUGAAAGAACUAUUAAAUAAAUAUCCUGCAUGGUUGGAAGAACAUAAAGCAAUUUUGAAUCCUUCUGAUUUUCAGAGAUUUACGAAACAAUCAGAGCUGAUGCAAAAGGUAUGUAUAGAAUUUGAAAAGAAAGAGGAUGAUACAGAAGAUAUUAAACAACAUCGAUUUGAAUGUAUAUUAAAACACAUGACAGAAAUGCAAAAUUAUGGUCAAGCACCAGACGAUCUCAUUGGCGAACAGUGUUCACUUUUUCAGUUUGAUUCUGAAGGGAAUCCGAUUUUUCCAUUUCCAUCUGGAAGAGAAUCACAACAAGAUUGUUGUAUUAUGUAAAUAGAUGUGCAUAUAUGCAAUUACAUUCAAAUAUUUCUGGGAUUA